CUCUUGAUGCGACGUUGUGUAAUUGACAAUGAGCUAGGUAGGCCUGCGCUUAUCUGUUAAAUCUACAUAGUCUGAAAUUGUCUACAAUUUUUCAAUUUUUCUUUCACUCAUUUUCUUGAAAACAUCACUCGCGACAUAAUGGAUCCAGUAUCAAUUAUCGGUCUAGCCGGCUCUGCCUUGAAAGCCGGAACAGCGAUCGCAAAUCUUAUCAAAAGCCUCAUCACACUUCGUUCGAAAUAUGAAAUGGCCAACCUGAUGCUCAGUAUUUUGAUUAGUCAGCUGACAAUCAUCAAAGCAGCUUUGAGUGAACUUUCAGAUUGGAUUACGACAAGUCUACGAGGGCACGUUGAGUAUGAGCAGCUCGUCGAUGAUUUGAAUAGCUCUAUCAAAAAUUGCCACAUUAUCAUUUUAUUGUUAGGCGAUCGUUUCGCCCAAAAUUGCGUAGAGGGCUUGAAUUUUGAAGAGAAAAUCAAAUUACUUUGGAAUGAGGGCGAAAUGAGAGAACUCGGCAAUCACCUGAACAGUCAAAUCAAUGCUCUCAAUUUAUUAUUGUUGGCAAUACAAUGGUAUGUCCCUGAGAUGUUACUAGCGCCAGGAAGACUACUUCAGUGAAAGUAUUGGAACUGUACUAACAAUAUAACAGCCGGAGCUCCUUCGAUCGAAAUCUUCUUUUAUGUCGCAGUGAGAGCAGAAAUAUAAUACAAAAAGUCGAAGAUGAUCGAUCUUCUUUAUUGAGUUAUGGAAGCAGUAGCUUUGCUUCUAAGUCAAUGAGUCGUUUCGAUGUUGAGUUCGAGUUUGAUGCUCUAAAGUCACUGAGCGUCCCCCACCAAAGCCUCCCCAUAAGCUUCUCCUGGAAAACCUUCAAAUCAACCAUCUCAACUCCCUCCACCACUCCCUCCACCAAUCCCCACCAGCCCCUCUACACCAUCACCUACAAAACAUUCAAACCCCAUCUCGUCUUCAAAUGCGCAAGCGAUAAAUCUACAUUCGGUACCGGAACCAUUCAUCCCAUAUCCAUCGAUGCGGAUUGCGAGGUUCGCGGACGGAAAAUUAAGAUUAAAGCGCUGAAGAGGUGGAGGACGGAGUAUGCGCAUUUGUCGCAUACUUUUUGUUUAGGUUCUGCUUCUACUUCUACUCCCACUCCUUCUUCUUCUUCCACUUCCACUUCUUCUUCCACUUCCACUUCUUCUUCCACUUCCACACUCAUUUCGAAUCCAGAUACUCAAGAAAAAAAACAACAACCAGUAAAAAUGACAUGGACCAGCAGCACAGGAUGGAAAACUUGGGAUUUCAUCUGCCUAGACGCAUCACAAAUGCCUGUUGCGAGAUUCUCGGCUAAUACUCUUGCGCUGACACAUGUGGGAUGUGUUGAGUUUUUGGGGGAGGAUGUGCUAGGAAAUGAGAGGUUUAGAGAGGAAAUCGUGGUCGUGGGUGCUACGUUGAUGUAUACGAUUUUUUUGAGGAGGAGUAGUGUGUUGUCGGUUGUUGGGGCGGUUUUUGCGAGGCCUGGGUGGAGGGAGGAGGAGAGCAAGAGGGAGAGGGGGAAGGGAAAUGGAAAGGGGCAUAGGGAGUAGAUGGAGGAGC